CAAUUUAGACCCACUCACUGUUUUUGCUUUUCUGGUGAGUUAUUAAACUAACAUACCUCUAUUAUUCUUUUCACAUUCUCUCUGUUUGUCCUCCGCUAUUUCUCACUGUGUGUCAAGGAUCUGUUGUUUGGUUACUCUGAAAGUUUACUUGGCUUUUGGAGCGAUUUGCGUCGUUUCUUGAAUUGUGGUUGGCAUUUGAAAGUAUUGAAUAGUUUGUGCAACUUUGAUACACUGUUCUAUGGUGGAGUCUUGGAGCUAUUCCUCUGAGGGAAAAGGCCUUUUGUUUUCUGAUGAAGUAGACUUACCAGUUGACUCUUUUUCUAGAACUAGAAAAACAUUCAUGGAAUGGGAAAGUAAACCCUCGUAUAGUUUUGAUAUUAAUAAGCUUAUUUCAGAUAGUGACGCAGUUGAGGGUAUGGAAUUUAUGGACCUUGGUUUUACUGAUGUGACCAAAAAACCUUUCCUUAGUAGCACAAGCGGAGGUACAGUGAAGGGUGAAGUUGGUUGUGAUUCUAGAAAAGGAGUGACUAAUCCUACUUGUCUGGUCACUUCAAGUUCAUUUUUUGGGGAAGAGGAAUCUGGAUCGAAAAUUUCAAGUUCUUGUAUGGUUUCCAAUAGUCAGGAUUCUACACUUAUUGAUUUAAAGCUAGGGAGAUUGGUUGAUUGUGUAGAUACGCAGAAUGGUGAAUUUUGGAAGGAGAAGUCGGUUUUAUCUUCUGUGCGUCCAUCUUUGACGGCGAAGAAAGCUCGCAUAACAAGUUCAUGCUCUCAAACUCCCCUCUGUCAAGUUUAUGGCUGUAGCAAAAAUCUUAGCUCCUCAAAGGAUUACCACAAAAGGCAUAAAGUUUGUGAGGUUCACACGAAGACUCCCAAAGUUAUAGUUAAUGGCUAUGAGCAAAGGUUUUGCCAGCAGUGUAGCAGGUUUCAUUUGCUAGCUGAAUUUGAUGAUAGUAAACGCAGUUGUCGUAAACGCCUAGCAGGCCACAAUGAGCGUAGGAGAAAGCCUCAAUUCAAUAUCCUCUCUGGUAAACCACAUAAGUUGCUGCAAUCAUAUCAAGGCACCAAAUUUCUGGGGACUUCAUUACCAAAAGGAGCAUCCUUUGUUUUCCCAGAAUUACAUCCAGGGGGCAUUCUUUUCCCUGAAAGCAAUGAGCAAGCCAAUCUGCUAAAGUGUCUCAAGUUUGAGGAGGAACCAUUCACCCAUCCUCAAUUUGCAACAACCAUCACAAAUGGGCAACUGCUAACAAAAUCUCUCCUCCAUCUACAAGGCAAUGAGAAACAACAUAAUUCUGGAAUUCCUCCUUGGGCAACUGAAAGCUAUAAUGUUUGUAAUACACCACCUGGGAUUUCACACUCCAGUUGUGCUCUCUCUCUUCUGUCAGCUCAGUCACACAACUUGUCAAGUCAUUCAUCAGGAAUUCAAAUGCCUGGGCCUUUGAUCAAUCAAACCAGCCGUGUCCAUCAUACUCUGGACCUAAAUUUUGACAAACCUGUAGGUGUAAUGUCUUUGGAAAGAUAUGCAACAGAUGGCUUGUAUUCAUCUGGAAUGAACUCUGUGGAUAGUGCUCAGACAGGCUCCAUUAUGGUUCCUGAUGCUGGUCAUGCUGUUGACUUGGAAGUCGAAGCAGAUGGAGUUUUUCAAAAGUCUGAUCUUUUAAAGGCCAGGUACUUUCUCCCUCCUGAAGAUGGGACCACUGUUGAUUUGAUACAACUUUCAUCACAUCUAAAAAGAGUGGAGCAACAGAGGAAUUGCAUGCAAGAAAAGCAGCAAAAUGAUGAUUUGUGCUGCUUCUCGACCUCUUAAGCUGUAAAUGAGGUUAAUGGAGGCUUUCCAAGAUACUUAGCAUAAAAAGUUUUAACCGGUUUUGCUUGUGCAAUGGUAAAAUGCUGGUAGACACUUUAG